CGGUGACGACAUUCGGGUGUCGGUGUACAGAGGUUGGACCGAUUCUGCCGCGUAGAAGCGUCGUUAAAAGUGCACGGACGAAUCCAGAUGUGCGACGCGUCCCGCACCUUACUCAGGGAAUAGCAUUCGCCAUGGCUCGGGUCGGUAACGGAGCAGACAGCGCGGAACCGGAGGAGGACUGUUUUGAAGAUGCUUAUGAUCGUAUUCCAGUGGCGUCUAAGAUGGACUUGUGUUCAUCUAUAGAUGAGUGCAAUAUUGCUCUUAACCUCUUUCUGAAUAAUAAGUUCUCUGAAGCGCUGGAACGCCUCAAACCCUGGUCUAAGAAGAGCAUGUAUCAUGCAUUAGGUUACAGCAGUAUUUUAGUGAUGCAGGCCGCUAUGACCUUUGAACAACAAGACAUUCAGACGGGCAUGGCGACCAUCAAAGAGGCCUUACAGACCUGCCAGAGGUUCAGAAAACGAAACUCUGUGGUGGAGUCCAUAUCUAACCUGAUGUCUAAAAACUCACCUGACAGCAUGAAAGAGGAGGAGAUGCACGCUGAGAUCUGCUAUGCUGAAUGUUUGCUACAGAAGGCCACACUUACAUUCGUCCAGGAUGAAAACAUGAUCAGUUUUAUUAAAGGUGGAAUCAAAAUACGCACAAGUUAUCAAAUCUACAAGGAAUGUCAGAGUAUGUUGAACAUGUCUCAGGGAGUGGGCGGAGACAACGAGGCCUUCAGACAGUUUGAGGGCGGAGUCAAGUUGGGGAUUGGCUCCUUUAAUCUGAUGUUAUCACUGCUGCCUGCACGAAUACUGCGACUGCUGGAGUUUAUCGGCUUCUCAGGGAAUAGAGAGUUUGGUUUGUCUCAGCUGCGUGAUGGCGCCGUCAAUCACAGCCUCAGAUCCAUCCUGUGUGUCCUUACUCUGCUCUUCUACUACACAUAUGUGUGUCUGAUACUGGGCACAGGUGAAGGAAACCUGGAGGAGGCUGAAGCACUUUUACAACCAUAUAUAGAAAAAUACCCUCGGGGCUCCAUCAUCCUCUUCUACACGGCCCGCAUCGCCCUACUGAGAGGAAACUUUGAGAAGGCAGUGUUGAAGUUUCAGGAGUGUAUCGCUACACAACAGCAGUGGCGUCAGGUUCAUCAUUUGUGUUAUUGGGAGUUAAUGUGGAGUCAUUCGUUUCAGCAAGAGUGGGGAGAAGCGUAUCGAUACGCAGAUCUGUUGUGUAAAGAGAGUCGCUGGUCUAAGGCCAUGUAUGUGUAUCAGAAAGCUGCUAUAUUGAGCAUGAUGUCAGAUGAAGACGUGAAGAAGACCGGAGAGAGUAUUGUGGACUUAUUCAGACAGGUGGAAGGACUGAAGCAGCGAUUGGCCGGUAAGUCGAUCCCCACUGAGAAGUUUGCUGUAAGGAAAGCCAGAAGAUAUUCAUUACCUGUGCCCGUCAAACUGGUGAUUCCUGCACUGGAAAUGAUGUAUGUGUGGAACGGCUUCACCAUUGUUGGAAAGCGAGCGGACGUCACUGAGAGUUUACUCAUCACCAUUGAGAGAGCCGAAGAGCAGCUAAACAACGACCCCAACCCGUCAGAGUUUCAUCCAGAUGAUCAGUGUCUGGUGCAGAUGUUGAAGGGUUUGUGUUUGAAACAUCUGGGCAGAUUAAUGCAGGCUGAACUUUGUUUCUCACAGGUGCUGAGCAGUGAGAAACGCAUCCGGUACGAUCAUUACUUGAUUCCCUUCACUCUUUAUGAACUGGGUUUACUCUACAAACAACAGGGGGAUUACAUCAAAGCCAUACGAGUCAUUGAAGAUGCUAAGCUAAAUUAUAAAGAUUAUUCGAUGGAGUCUCGGCUUCAUUUCCGCAUCCAUGCGGCUCUCGGCAGUCUGAAGGGUUCUCCGGUGAACACACCUUGAUGAUGACAUCACCACCAGACUGUCACGGAUGAUACUGAAGAUCACAGACGACUGUAAGAUGACAAAGCACAUCAUAACUGAAUCAACAGUCAUCAAAACACCAAAGCACAGCUGUAGAGACCUGUAGAUUAAAGAGCAGAUUUCUGUUCAUAGCAUCAUACAAACCAAAGUCACACUACCAUAGAGGACACAUCACUCUCAGACAUUCACAAGUUACAAUCUCAUACUCAUAUAACACCUCAACACCUUACAAAUAUUUCAACAAAUAGACAAAGAGUUUAGCUGACCGCGUUUUAUUUCUUGUACAUUUGUUCAGCCAAUCAGACAGCUAAAAACCUCCCCGACCUCCAAUCACAAAACAGCUGCUUUAAUGAAUGUAACCUUUAUAUUUUGAAAAGACCAAAUAUGUUUUUUUUUCAUCUGUGUGUUUGUGUGUGCGUGUGUGUUUCACAGCAGUUUGUUUAUUAUCAGUAAUUUAAAGAAAGUGAGAUUAUUACACACAUGAUGUUUGAUUUUAAUAAAAUUUGACAUUUUUCGCUUCAAGCAAUCCAAGAAAUUAAUUUUAAAGCAAUAAUUAGCAGCCAAUAAUCAAUCAUGCAGUUAUAUUGUACAAUCUUAUAAAUAUUUUUAUUUCUUUAGUAAUAGUAUAUUUUACUGUAUUGAUUUCAAGUGUUUGGCGCUGUUUUAUAGAUCAUUCGUGUUUUUAUUUCGUGAGCUUAAUCUGUCUGAAAAUAUUUAUGAAGUUUGAGGUUAAUGUUAUGAAGUAACUUGAAGUGUGUUUAUAUGUUCACACCUGUCUGCUUCAGGAUAUAUUGUGUUUCUCUUUAUGUUAUUUUUAGGGCUCAAAUAAAUAAAUCUUUAUUCAGUAGAUUCACUACAGUAUUUAAGUGAAUAUGAGAACACUUAAAAACAGUAAAGGAUUCAAAGACUAGUCUUAAAAGUUCUCUUAAGGACUGAUAGUAACUUUUUUUAAGUAUGUCGUAUAAAAAGUAAGAUUGGACUCAUUUAAAUCUAAACACUAAACCUGAUUAGCCCUAAAUAAUUGCUAGUUGGUCAGACUAGUUCUUAAGACUAUGUUUAUACAAAUGGUAGAGACAAUAAUGACAAAUACAAAACAUCCUAUGUCACUUAAUUCUCUUCACCGUUUAUAUGUUUAUUCCCUCAUCACUAUUAUAUCAUUGUAAAGGGUGGUUUCCCAGACAGGGCUUAAGUCUAGUCCCAGAUUAACUUAAACAUGAUUGAAAACAACUUUCAAUGACAUAUCUUAAAAUAUAUAAGUAUAAGUGUGUUGUGUCUCAAGAUGCACACCAGUAAUGUUUAUUUAAAAAUGACUUCAAUAUCCUAAUUUAACUAAGGCCUAGUAUUGGCUUCAACUAAUCCCUGUCCGGGAAACCACUCGUAAGUGUAUGAAUAUAACACCUAUGUUUUUUUAUAGCAAUAAUUAAAGUUUUCAGUACAAACACUAUUAAAUGUUUUUGUGAUUUACUUUCUGAUCAGUGAGUCUGAUGGGAAAAUAAAGUUUUGUUUUUGUUUACUGUGCCUGAAGUUCAUGUUGGAUUUUUCUGCUGUUUGUUUAUAUGCACAAAUAAAAACCUGACAGGACAGUUAA